AAUCUCGCUGAUCAUUACGCGCGCCGUCAUUGUGCAAACCAAAGGGGAGUAUUCGCAAACGAAACUCCGAAUGUUACGCUAGUAUUUCGACAACCAUCGCCUAAGGAAUAGCGAUCCGGAGAGGCGUCUCCGUCUUAUCCAAUUUCUUCAUUAUUCUGUUAAUGCUUCUCUCAUUCGACUCAUCGGGAAGAGCUUACCUCACUUACGGCGAAGAGAGCGAAAUCUUAAAAUCGCGCGGUAACAAAUUUCGCUCGAAUAAAACAACCUUACUCCUUCGCGUCUCGAGAUUUAUCUCAUGAUUGGUAUCAGUGUUUGACAGUUUGCAGUGUGAUAGAAAAUAUAAAAGUGUUAAUUUUUGUUAAAACUUGAUGUGCUAAAGACACAUCAUGUCGCAUCGGCUGCUCGUAUCGUCUAUUCUGUGUAUUCUCUGCGUAAAUUUCGCUACGUUAUAUCGUGUCUCUGCGCAAAUUAAUGCAUCAGAAGGCAAUGACAUUAAUAGCCGUGUGCUACCCGCUUAUGCCGUCGCUUUAAGAGCCAAUCUUCUCAAUUCGACGAUAUGCGGAAAGGAAUUGCAGGACUUUCGAGAUGCCCUCGAGCAACGGAUACUAUGGAGUUUGAAGAUGUUGGACUCUAGCGGCGGACUUAAAUCAGGUUUCUUUUAUGGAAAUAACUAUUGGCUUGGUGUUACUACCCAGUGCUUCGAUACAAUGAACAGAGAACCUCUAGAUCUUUUAGACAAAGAUUUAUUGAAUAACACGAUAUAUCGUGAUCCGCAAAAGGAAUUUCCGCCUUUCAAAGUGACUUAUUUCGUUGCUUAUAUUAGACACAACAGUACUCUUCAGUACCAUUUAAAUGUACCCAAUGAAGAUUUGAUUACACUCGGUCUUUGUUUACCAGCAUCAUGUUCUAUAAGCGAAUUAAGCGUCAUUCUAGAAAGAAUAUUUCGCGAUAGAGCUCUUUUAGCCAAUGAUCUCUAUUCUAUGGACUUCAAACUGAUUGAAGUUAAAGAUGUAAAGGAUGAUUAUGAAUGGUUAUUUAGUGGUCCGAUACUUCUCAUCUGUGUUGUUUUAGCACUUACCAUUUCCAUAAUGAUAAUCGGAACGGUGUACGAUUUAUUCGUGUAUCAAAAAUAUUUAAAUGCAAAGAAUAAAACUACUAAGAAUAAAGCUAAUGGUGAAAACACACCCGAGGAAAUGGAAAUGGCAGUUUCGUCUUCACCCCAGGAGAACAGAAUCGGACAAGUGCUUUUAUGUUUCUCUAUUUACACAAAUACGAAAGCGAUAUUUAACACGAAGAUGGAUGAUUCAAUAGCCGUCAUUCAUGGCAUGAAAUUUUUAGGCAUGGUUUGGAUAAUCAUGGCCCACACCGUGUUAUACACGAUGGAUUAUCUCGACAAUCCAGUAUGGACUUUGAGAAUCACCACAGGCUUGCCCAUUCAGAUAUUGGCCAAUGCAACCAUUUCGGUCGACACCUAUUUCUUUAUCAGCGGUUUCUUGGUGGCUUAUUUAUAUCUGAAGAACAUAACGAACAAACAACGGGAUGAAUCGUUUAAUUACAGAGCGAAGCUAAAUGAGUUCUUUGUCUAUGUAAUGAGAAGAUAUAUCCGAUUGACACCGGCUUUCAUGAUGAUGGUGGGAAUACUGCAAUUAAACUCGGCUUGGUACAACAAAACUUCGCAAUUUUACAUGGACGAGAGACCGCAUGAAACUUGCGUGAAAUACUGGUGGAGAAAUCUUUUGUACAUAAAUAAUUUGUACGAGCGCAAGGAAUUGUGCAUGAGUUGGAGUUGGUAUCUAGCUAGCGAUAUGCAAUUCUUUGUAAUCGCUAUAGCGCUACUGAUUUUGUCCACCAUAUGCUUUUACACAGCUGCUUUCAUAUUGAUCGCAAUUUUAAUAGGCACGAUUGUACUCAGCGGUUAUAUUUCAUAUAUCUACGAAUACAUUCCAAUAUUAAGCGAACAAUACAGACUUCUAGAUGUCUUAUACUAUCCGCCAUGGGUAAGAAUAGGUCCAUAUAUUAUUGGAAUAAUUGCAGCUUACAUUUUAAUAAAUCUAAACAAAAGGAUAACCUUGAAAAGGACAACCUUAAUUUUAUGUUGGAGCUUUGGCAGCUCUUGCAACAUUUUCGUAUUAUUCGGCCUUUACAAACGACACAUCUCUGUUCUAUCAACUGCUAUCUAUGUCGCGUUAAGUAGAACUAUUUGGGCCAUAGGUAUAGCAUGGCUUGUCAUAGUGUGCUGCACUAAGCACGGAGGUAUCAUUAAGCAAGUGCUAUCAUUCAAAGUCUGGAUCCCUCUUAGUAGACUCACAUAUUGCGCUUACCUCUUGAAUCCUUUCAUCAUACAUGCGAUUCGUCUGCAUGACGAGUCGUCCGUUCACUUGGAGUUUCUGUCUUUGGGAACCAUGUUUAUGGGACAAGUUGUAAUUUCUUAUUUUUGCGCUUAUGCAUUAUCCUUAAUGGCAGAAUCGCCAUUUGUCAUGCUAAUGCGAUUACUACUUCAAUCUCGCAAUAAAAGAAAAUAUAACAGACGCGAGAUUAUAAUUUCGCAUACUAAAGUGUGAAAAAUAUUGUUAAUACAUAAUUAGCGUAAGUAGUUCAAUUA